AUGACGAGCCUUGAUAUGAACUCCAAGAUACGCCUCAAUUCUGGCCACUACAUUCCUCGUCUUGGUUAUGGCGUAUAUCAAACACCUGCUGCGGUAGCAGAAGACGUGUGCGACCAUGCCAUCAAAUCAGGAUAUCGCCAUGUUGACUCGGCGACCAUGUAUCGCAAUGAAGAGCCAUCUGCGAAAGGCAUGCUGAAGUCUGGUGUUCCUCGCGACCAACUUUACUUCACCUCGAAAGUUCCGCCGAAGGAAGUCACAUAUGAGGGCGCAAAGAAGGCCGUUGAGGAGAGUUUGCAAAAGACCGGGUUAGGUUACAUUGAUCUAUACCUGAUUCACGCGCCAUAUGGAGGGACCGACGGUCGGCUCGGAGCUUGGAAGGCGCUCGUCGAAGCAGUAGACGCGGGUAAGGUCAAGAGUAUUGGGGUAUCGAACUACGGAGUCCAGCAUCUGGACGAACUUGAACAAUGGCAGAAGCAACAACCUGAAGGCCAGGGCGGUAUAUUGUCCGUCAACCAGGUGGAAUUACAUCCAUGGUUGGCCCGUGACGACAUAGUCAGAUGGUGUGAAAGUCGAGGAGUAGUCCUCGAGGCAUACUCGCCGCUCGUAAGAGCCACCCGGAUGGACGAUCCCCUCCUGCAGCCGCUCGUGAAGAAGCACAACAAGAAAGCUUCGCAAAUUCUGCUUCGGUGGAGUUUGCAGAAGAAUUUCGUCAUCCUGCCGAAGAGCGAGACGCAUAGCCGUAUUGAGGAGAAUCGAUCUCUCUACGAUUUUGAGCUUUCGAAAGAAGAUAUGGAGAGCCUCAAAACCGGGAAAUAUGAGCCUUGUGCGUGGGACCCGACCAUUGAACCUCUGAGCAAGUAG